AUGAGUGGAAAGUCUGAAAGUGAUGAAUUGUUGCUGGUGAAUGUUGACAAAGGUGGGGGCAGUGAAUCACAAUCUCAACAGCAGCAAAAAAGCCAACCUGUAGAACAACAGAAAACACAACAAGAACAACUUGUAGAACAACAACAGCAACAAACUGAAAAUAAUUGUAACACCAAAGAGCCAAAAGAAGAAGAAAAAGUUGAAGAUACCAGCAAAAACAAAAAUGAAUUGGAGUCCACCCCAACUUUGACAAAUGUUCAAGGUGAUAGACGGGGGUCACGUGAUAAGGGUACCAAAAAAGGAACCCACAAAAAAAGGGUGACAUUUCCUGAGGGCGAUGAGGUGGUAUCUGGAUAUAUGGAUCCUCCAAUUCCUUGGCACCACUCAUCACAAUGCACCACAGAGAAACUAGUCAGAUCAUACCUGAGGUCCUGUGAUAAACUAGGAAUCAGACAUAAUCCUAAAGUUCUAAAACAGCUUCAGGCCAUCAACAAUUUUGAAUUACGCAACGAAACAUUUUCAUUGAGAAGUGACUAUCUUGAUGUAAAGUAUUGUGAGAGUUUGGAAGAAAUUUUUAAAAGGGUCCAAUUUAGAACCAUUGAUCUUGAGGCUGCCAGAAUUGAGGAUGAUGUCACUAGUCUACAAGUAUUAGACUUGAAAGGUACAAACGUUUCUGAACAUCUGAUGCCCUUCAUGGCACGGGCUUUCAAAUUUGGAACCUCCCUCACUGUUCUACAUCUCGAGUACACCAUGCCAUCUGGGAAGGCUUUGAGUACUUUGGUUCUAGCCCUCAAAGGCAACGAAACACUUCGGGAACUGUACUUGGGUGAGAACAAACUCACAUCAUCAGACGCAUCUCAAAUAUCUGCCCUGCUCAGACAAAAUCGUACCUUACAACUUCUUGAUCUCAGAAGUAACUGCAUUCAAGAUACGGGGAUGGGACAUCUCUGUGAUGGCUUGUCUUCUGGAGAGUCAGGCCUGGAAACGUUGGUGGUUUGGGGAAAUCAGCUGACCUACCAGUCUAUGGUGGCUUUGUCUAGGGUCUUGAUGGUGAGCAAAAGUCUUCUUGGCAUAAACCUGGGUCUGAAUGGUAUAACAAACGAGGGCAUUCACAGGCUGAAAGAUGGCCUUGUCAGAAACAGGACAUUAGUGAAGAUUGGCAUGCAGGCUUGCAAGAUUUCCUGUGAAGGAGCUGUGGCUCUGGCAGAAUACAUAGCAGAAACAACAAAACUUUUGAGGUUGGACCUUCGAGAGAAUGACAUCAAAACAGCCGGUCUCAUGGCAUUGAGUCUUGCCCUCAAGGUCAACAAAUCUGUCGUCAGAGUUGAUCUCGAUAAGGAAUACAAAAAAGAAUCUGUGAGUUAUUGUCAUUGGUUGUCGCUGAAUGGUCAGAUGAUGGUUCUUGUGACGGGUGAUGGAGAGUAA